GCGGAAUCAACACAGGCGAGGACGGUAGAUGGCGUCACACCGACAGCUGCCAAGGAGGGGCUGAUCGUGCUGAGUGCUGCUGGUUUGUUUUGGAGCCGUGGGUGGUGCUGCCUGCCGUCGGUGGCGGUGUUUGAGUGUAGCGUUCCAUCGUCAGUCAUGUUGACUGGGUUGCUGUAUCUGUUUGUGUGGCUGUCUGCCCUGUUUGCGUGGAUCUAUCACACCUACCCCUUCCCCUUCUUCAUCAACGGCAGAUGGUACUGGGUCAGGUACGACACACGCCGCACACACGUGCCUGACAUGAAAUGCCAUCCUAUCCCAUGGUGUGUGGCUGUUCUCUUCAGAUGGUACUGCUACCCGAACGGCGACGUGGCGCGCAAGCUGCAGAGCCAGAUCAGCCAGAUCACGGCGUCGACCAUCGGGUGUCUGCUCGACUACCGCAUCUUCCAGGACGUCAAUGCGUUCAGCAACAAGAUACUCGUCGUCGCGUUCGACUUCUGGACCGCUCAGCCCGUCUUCUUCAACUGCGUGUUCCGAUCUGACCUGCCCACUGAGAUAGAGGAGAAAAUGCCACAGGGGUGAGUGAGCAGACAAAGGGGAAUGAAGACACAUGCAGGCGGCAGAAUCACGCUGGCUGUGGUGGUGUUCCUGUGUGUGUGGUGUGUGCAGGUUGCGCAAUACGCCUAUUCUUCAUCUGGGCCUCGUUAUGACGCUGCCGUCGCACCAGGCAUGGACAUCCAUGAGCAGACGACAGCCGGGGAGAGAGGGGUCGGUCACAUGUGUGCUGCUGUGUGUGUCUGGUGUGUGUGUGCAGGGUCGUCACUUGCAGCGUUUCUCGAUACUGAACAUAUGGCUGUGGCUCUUCUUCAACAAGAAGACCAAGUGCAUCCUCACGGACAUCGGCAACUCAUCGUCGAGCACCAGGUAGCCUCCCUACACACAGGCAAGAAUGAGUGAGGGGCCACAUGUGUGUGUCUAUGUGUCUGUGUGUGUGUGUGCAGGUUGUGGGCUGACAAUUUGUUGGAUCCGUUCCCCAACUACCACAAGUGGGAGCUGGUGCCCAAGAAGUGGCACACACUCACCGCACACUACAUGCUGCAAAACUACAAAAUGUAAACACACACACACACACACAGAGAGAGAGAGAGAGAGCUCUUACCUUCUCUGUGUAUAUGUGUGUAUCUGUGUGAAUCAGUGAGUUCGGUAGCAGUCUGUCGGCGACUUUUGACCUGGAGAGUUUCGUGGUCCGCGGGUCGAACGCCAAGGAGGGCGGCGGCGCCCACCAGCUGAUCAAGUUCAACAAGACCCGCGAGGCCCGCAACAGGAAGGUCCUCGACUUCUACCAGAAGCACCUCAAACUCUCUGCCGAAGACGAGGUCUUCCACGUCGCCGUAAGUGGCACACACACGCGCACACACGAGAUGGGCAACAAUGCAUCCUUUGUGGCAUUUUGUGUGCAGGUCGCGUCUAUCCCGCACUUUCUGUUCGGCACUGCGGCGGUGCAGGAGUUCAUAUGAGCCGGCAGGGGGCAAACGGAUGGCCCUAUUUCUCUUUCUCUUGCUUCCUCGGUCACUUACUCGUCUGAUGCGUGUGUGCGUGUGUGUGGGGGGGGUGUGGAUGGGCAGGAGGGAGACGAGCAGGGGAUCUUUAUGCCUUUACGUCGCCCUGUCUGUGCGGCCGGCUGCCUCGAUAGCUGACAGCCGCCCGCCCCCCCGCCUGCAUAUUUCUUUGUCCGGAUGGAUGUGUGUCUGUAUGUUUGGGGUCGAUUUAAGGGGUUUCGUGGCUGCACAUGGAUGCGCCCAUUGCAGCUGUGGUCGAUCAUGGCAGCACACUUCAGCUAAUGGAUGGACGAAUGGGAGAUGAGCGGCUGGAGAGUCGGUGCUCUUUUUCGAUGAUGCAAGCAACCAAUGCAUGCAGCCAGCCGUGUGUGUACGUGUGUAAGGGUGUAGGUCUCUCUGAAUCUGCGGACGGAGCCUCAGGGGGGCCAAGACACGAACGACUGAGAGGACGGGCCGGUGCGUGUUUCGACCUUCUUUUGUUUUUUCCGUUCCGUUGGGUUCGUUUGACCCCUCUUCGUAGCGAUGGAAUGAUUGUGAUGGCCCUUUUUCCCGUGUGGGCUGAUCCCCUCUGUCUGGCUCGCCGACCUCACCUGUGUCGAUAGCGUCCUUCUUAUUUGACCAUGUGGCCUGCCGUCCUGCCCGUCUGUCUGUCUGUCUGUGUACUCUGUGCGUGUGUGUGACGUCGUCUCUUGUCGAUCGCUCAGUUUUGUCGAAGUGUCCCCCCCUCCCUGCCCCUUCGUUCUUGUCUGCCUUGCUUCUAUUCUACCUGGCCACUAGCUCAUCUGCCAUCUGCUGAACGACUUUGAUCGACUGGUGCCGUUUGUGCGGAUGCCCGGUUGUCGUCUUCGGUCUUGGUGUCAGGCAGUCAUGGUGAUGCAAUCGGCAAAUGGUUGCGGUACCUCGACGCUCGGCAUCAGGGCCACAGACGGAGAGAGGCAGCUGCCAAGGCAUGACCUAAAUCGAUGUGAUGGACAUCCAUCAAUGUUGGCUUGUGGUUGACGUGUCAUGCUGGGAGCGGUAACGGCUCCUUCGUGCCGGUGAUCCCCGGCACUGAGGAUCCGUUGCCCAUGCCGGUGCAGACACAUCAAUCACAGGCCAUGGGCUUGGGAGAAUGGCAAAAGAUAUCCGCAGCGUUUUGCGAUUCGUCGAGUGAAUGUGUGUCUUGGCUUCCGUUGCUGUUUUGGGUAAGCUACUGGUACAUGUCGUCACCCUCUCUGCAUUCCUCCGUUUCUCGUGCUCGUCCCUCUCUCUCGCUCUCUGUCUCUGUGUCUGUGGGAAGGUACGGUAUAUUGCGAAGCGCAAUUUAAGCUGUCAUGGUGCGUCGAUUCGUUGAUCGUGAUGGGUGGACGGAUGGAUGGAUGUGUGGAUCUGUGGAUGUCUGCAUUCCUUCGUGUGCACGUCGAAUCAUUCCACUCACUCCAUGGCAUUCUCGCUUACGUGAAUUUGUGUGUGCGUUUGGUGGCUGCAUGGCUGGCGAUGCGAUGUGGCUAUUGCGAUGUGGCGCGAUGCCGCAUCGAUCUGACUCACUGACCCCCAUGGACGGACGGACGGACGGACACUUUCAGUUCCCGUGUGCAAUGAUACUUAUGGUCACUGUGUGGGCAGAGAUGCGACAAGCGCAUUGCAAGGUGACCUUGGGAUGGUCUGUCUGUGUGUGGUGGAUGGCCUGCUGUGCGGCAGCGUCGCCCUCGUCGACUC